AUGCCGGAGAACCACCAUCACGUGCUUCUUCCCACUGCGGUGGACGCUCUCAUAGACAGCAUCUGCCACCACCAGAACCAACUUCCGCCGGAUUCCAACCUCCGCCGGCGCCUCGCCGCCGUCGGCGAGGAGCAGGCACUUCACAUUCUCCACUCCAUCGCCGCACGCCCAAUCCGAACCUCUCUCUCCGCCUUCAUCGUGUACAUGCUCAAAAACUCCAUCACCGUUACGUCCUCCACGCCUCAAACCCUCUCUCCCACGCGCCCUCGUGAACCGUCGUUGGAGUUGCACGCGCUCGGAGAAUUGGAGUUCCGAAAGGCCUUUCUGCUUCUGAGUUAUAUAGGAAGAGAGAGUCUUGAGAAUGUUACCAAUGCUGAUUAUAUUAGAAGCCUUAAAGACUUGCCAAUGGCAAGGUUCGAGAAAACAAUAUGGGAGGCUUUUGGGAAAGAUCACAUCUACUGUCAAAGUGAUCGGCAAGUGUAUCUUGAUUGGGACUCUGGUAGAACACAUGUAUAUCAAUGUUAUGUUUCUUCAGAUGGGAGCUUAAGGUUCAAGGGCCCCAUAUUACAGAGCAUACAAACACACUUGCAGAGAUCUCUUGGUGACGACAACAUCUUGCUAGUCAAAUUUGCUGAGCAUGGGAGUGCAAGGAAUUUAAUGACCAGUGCUGAAGAAGCAAACAACCUCUAUGGAAUCUUUGGAAAAGAAGGGAUCAAUGUUGGUCUGCGUUUGUAUCGGUUUUUUGUUUUUAAAGAUGGUGGAAAAGAAGAGAAAAAGAAGGACCCAACAAGUUCCUCUGUAAAGUGUUAUUUUGUUAGGAUGCAAUCAUGUUCUGCAGAUGAGAGUGCGAAUUACAUUUUGUCUAAUAAGACAGUGUCUGAAGCAAGAACUUUAUUCAUGCAUGCUCACAUGUUGCCCAGUUUAGACAAGUAUAUGGCUAGGUUCUCUCUCAUUCUGUCAAAGACCUUAAAACUCAACAUUGACUUGGCAGCUGUGAAUGUCCAAACAAUACCAGAUGUAUAUUGCCAGGAUGAAAAUGGCAAUAUUGUGUAUGAUAAUGAAAAACCACGUAUUCUCACGGAUGGAACUGGGUUCAUCUCUAGAGAUUUGGCUUUGCUCUGCCCUAAUAAUGUGUACAAAGGAAUGCACUUGGAGAGAAACUAUAUUCAGGAAAUUAACAAUCUUGUGGAACUUGAGGAUAUGAGUAAGGCAAUUGGAGAAGCAGAGCUGAAGCUGAGCACACAUCAACCACCUUUGCUGAUUCAAUGUCGUCUCUUUCACAUGGGUUGUGCAGUUAAGGGCACUCUUUUGGUUAACAGAAAGCUUCCUCCUAGGACAAUACAGGUUCGACCUUCAAUGAUUAAAACUGAGGCAGACCCCAGUCUGAAUAUGCAAAGCAUUAAUUCAUUGGAGGUAGUAAAUACAAGUUGUUUUGAUAUCUUCAUAUUUGGGUUUCACCAUGCAAGGUCCAAUAGGUUGAUUGGUCUGGUGCACAACCAACAUGGUGCAGCUGAUCUGAAGUCUACAUGUUUCAGCAUCAAGCCAAGUAGAACUAAUUUAUCUAAAAAUCUGAUUGCACUUCUGAGCUAUGGAGGAGUGCCAAAUGAGUUCUUCAAGGAUUUACUUAUGCAUAAUUUGGAAGAUGCGGAUCAUGUUUUCUCCAAUAAGCGUGCUGCACUCAAAGCAUCCAUCAAUCAUGGCGAGAUGGAUGAAUACAGUGCAGCAGGAAUGAUUUUAUGUGGAAUUCCUCUUGAUGAGCCAUUUUUGCAGUAUCAUCUGUCUAUACUUGCGAGGGAGGAAAGAAAGAAGCUUAGAAGAGGGAGGCUUUAUAUGCCUGAUUGUUUCUAUUUAAUGGGAACUGUAGAUCCCACUGGAUGCCUAGAAAAGAAUCAAGUUUGUAUAAUACAUGAGAAUGACCAAAUUACUGGGGAUGUGUUGGUCUACAGAAAUCCAGGUUUACAUUUUGGUGAUAUUCACGUAAUGCAUGCCACAUAUGUGGAGAAAAUAGAAUCUUAUGUUGGACAUAGCAAGUAUGCAAUUUUUUUCCCAUGUGUUGGAACUCGCUCUGUGGCUGAUGAGAUUGCUGGAGGCGAUUUUGAUGGUGAUUUGUAUUGGGUUUCCAAACAUCCUCAGCUGUUACAACAUUUCAGAAAGGGGGACCCUUGGAUGGAAAAUUCUACCCCUUGCAAUUCUGUCGAGUUGGAUUCUAGUGCUAAAAAGCCUAGUGCAUUUUCGGCUGCGGAACUUGAGGAUGAACUUUUUAGACUAUUCCUCAAAGCUCGGUUCCAACCAAGUAAUGCAUCGGGUGUGGCAGCUGACAGCUGGAUGGCACUCAUGGAUCGUCUUUUGACAUUAAAAAAUGAGUGCACUCAAGAGAAUGAGAAGGAACAUCUGAAAGAAAAUAUAGUUAAGUUGAUCGAUAUAUAUUAUGAGGCAUUAGAUGCUCCUAAGAAGGGUGGAAGAAAGGUCCAAGUUCCAGAUGAUUUAAGAGCAGAGAUGUUCCCACACUAUAUGGAAAAGGAUAAAUCAUUCACUUCUACCUCUAUCUUAGGUUUAAUUUAUGAUUGGGUUGGCAUAUGGCAAACAAAAGACUUAGCCGGGGAAGAAAUUAGAAUGCUCCCCUGUUUUGACGUUGAAGUACCUCCCAGCUGUAUGGAAAAGUGGAAAAAAAAAUAUAAAGAAUACAGGACGGAUAUGACAAAUGCUUUGAAGGACAGUUCUAAAUCCGAAGAUGAGCCAGUUGAAGUCAUUAGAAAAUAUAAGGAGGAAUUGUAUGGUGGUACCGCUAAGAUGGAGGAUAGUCCAAAGAAUAUUAGUGAUAUUUAUGACGAGGCUUUGGCUAUUUAUCGUGUUUGUUAUGAAUAUGCCAUGCUAACAAAAUCAGUCACUAAAUGUGGCUUUGCAUGGAAGGUUGCGGGUUCAGCUUUGACAAGCCUUUAUAUCAUAAAACAAAAUCACAAGGCUCUGAACUGUGCUCCAUCUGUACUGCGGGAGAUUUUCCGAUCGUGA